AUGAAACUUGAACGAUAUAAAGAAUCACUUGUAGAUUUAAAUAAAGUAUUAGAAAUCGAUCCCAGCAAUGUACUUGCGCUUAUAGAACACGGAAGUAUUCAUUAUAUAUUAAAAAAUUUUACAUUGUCAUAUGAAGAUUGGAAUAAAGCAAGUAAGAUUCAAAAGGAAUAUGAAGAAUCACUUACAGAUUUAAAUAUGUUAUUGGGAAUUGAGCCAAAUAAUGUACAAUUACUCGAACAACGUGCUUAUACUUACGAAAUGCUAGAACAAAAUUAUGAACAGUCACUUGAAGAUUGGAAAAGGCGUUGGAAAUUAGUCCGAUUAAUACAGAAAUUCUCUAGUGUUGACAUCAUAAUUUAUUGA